AUGACCAACAUGAGCUGGAGCUUUCUGACGAGGCUGUUGGAGGAGAUCCACAACCACUCGACCUUCGUGGGCAAGGUUUGGCUGACGGUGCUGAUUGUCUUUCGAAUAGUGCUGACCGCAGUGGGCGGGGAGUCCAUCUACUCGGACGAGCAGAGCAAAUUCACCUGCAACACGCGCCAGCCCGGCUGUGACAACGUCUGCUACGACGCCUUCGCCCCACUCUCCCAUGUUCGGUUCUGGGUCUUCCAGAUAGUUGUCAUCUCCACGCCCUCCGUCAUGUACCUCGGAUAUGCCAUCCAUAGGCUGGCCCGGGCAUCCGAAGAGGAGAGGCGUCGGGCCAGGCGCUGGCGUCAGGGUGGCCGCAUGGCCCGCAGGCGUCCGCCAAGGAGGAGGCCACCUCCGCUGCCCCACCCAGGCUGGGCAGACACCCCGAAUGGCGGAGAGGAGGAACCCAUGAUCGGCUUGGGGGGUGGCAUGGGGGAAGAAGAGGAGGGUGGAGAUGGAAGUCGGGAGGACCGGGAGCAGGAAGAAGAAGAGAAAGAGGCGCUGGCAGGUGAGAAGGGCAAGGGGUCUCCGGAGGCUGGGCCUGCCAACCAGAAGCACGAUGGCAGGCGAAGGAUCCAGCAGGAAGGUCUGAUGAAGAUCUAUGUGCUGCAGCUAUUGGCUCGGGCGUCCUUUGAGAUCUGCUUCCUGGUUGGGCAGUACCUGCUAUACGGCUUUGAGGUACAACCAUUCUUCCGCUGCAGCCGGGAACCCUGCCCUCACACAGUUGACUGCUUCGUGUCUCGGCCCACGGAGAAGACCGUCUUUCUCCUGGUGAUGUAUGUGGUCAGCUGCCUCUGCCUUAUCCUUAAUCUCUGUGAGAUGGCCCACCUGGGUCUAGGUAGCUUGCAGGAUGCCGUGAGAAGCCGCAGGGUAGGGGGCCGCGACCAGGGUUCAGACGGCUAUCCUUCACCUCCGCCCCUGCCCCGACAGCUACCCCACGGCUACCCGUAUACUCGCAACAUCUCCUGCCCCCCUGAGUAUAACCUGGUGGUCAGGGCUGAGAGGGCGGCAGCAGCGGGGCGGCUCAUGCCUGGUGGACUCCUGGCCCAUGAGCAGAACAUGGCCAAUGGGGCCCUGCAGGAGCUCCAGGAGCUUCAGGGCCCCGGCCCAGAGGAGAACCCACCACCAGUGGAUCUUGCGGCUGGAUUCCGAGGAACCCAUCGGGCUGGGACUCAGGACCCUGCCAAUGGGGUUAGGAGCAAUGGAUUUCCUGCUUAUACAACCCAGGUCGGGCUACCACCUACAAGGACUGACAGCCCGGCCUCAGCGGGCACGAUUGUGGAGCAGAACCAUGCCGAUGGUGCCCAAGGGCGGCAAGGGGCCAAAGCCAAAUCCAACUCAGAAAAAGGCAGCAGUGUGAGUAGCAAGGAUGGCAAGACAUCUGUAUGGAUAUGA